AGCCAAUAAGAGCACGGCGUGGCCUCUGUGUUUUAACGCUACACACCCACAUCGACUCUCGUGUACACCACUUUGCGGGGCUCUGCAGACAAGAGGUGUCAAGCUAUCCAAAUAACAAAAGACAAGGCAACCAUGUCUGACAGGAAGGCGGUAAUCAAGAAUGCUGACAUGUCUGAGGACAUGCAGCAGGAUGCAGUUGAGUGUGCCACACAGGCCCUGGAGAAGUACAACAUAGAGAAAGACAUAGCUGCCUACAUCAAGAAGGAGUUUGACAAGAAAUACAACCCAACCUGGCAUUGCAUCGUUGGAAGGAAUUUUGGCAGCUAUGUGACUCACGAGACCAAACACUUCAUCUACUUCUACUUGGGCCAGGUCGCCAUUCUGCUCUUCAAGUCUGGCUGAAGCACAGAAAACAUUUACUGUUACUACUACAUGUUACUGACAGAUUUGACAAAGGCGCUCAUCAUUCCAAGGCAAGAGGCCGCUGCCUUCUUUUUUUGUGCUUUCUACUUUUGUUUUGGAUUUAAAAAUGUGGCCAUCUAAACCUGUAUUUAUUUUUGUGUUACAUUGAAAUGUCUUUUUUUAAUUAAAACAUAGCUAUUAAGCUUUCUGCA